AUGCCGGAUCUGUGGUGUUUCAGUAGUGGUCGCCUCUCACCGACCGAAACAACAAGGCCGGCGACAUUUACGAAGAAUGUCUCACGACAACUGCUUCCCUCGGAUGGAGAUGAGCGGCAAAGCGUUCAGAGUGAGAUCGUUAUUCCACACAGAACACUCAUUAUUCCGAGUUCCAUACCAGGAAAGUCUAUUGAAAUUCCGCUCGGAAGUGUGAGUUUGAACUCAUCGCGACAAGAUCUCAGCUAUCCUCGUCAUGAUCGUAGUCGGAGUCCGAAGACUGAACACGGUCAGUCACAGAUGGAAAAACUCACACAACGCUUGAAGAACCUAGGUGAGUUUUCUUUCCUUUCCUAA